GUCAAACUUGUUGACUGUUGUGUGUUGUGACAAGAUUCAAGAAAUAAAAAUUAAAAUUCGAAAAUAACUUUGUUUUUGAUUAACUCUGUGCCUAUUCGAUUAAUCUUAAUUCACAAAAAUGAAUAGAAUAUUUGGAAGAGGAAAACCUAAAACUCCAGGUCCGAGCAUAUCAGACUGCAUAAGUACUGUGGAUAGCCGAGCUGAUAAUAUUGAACAAAAAGUUCAAAAGCUAGAUGCGGAGCUAAGGAAAUACAAAGAACAAAUGGCCAAAAUGCGAGAAGGGCCAGCGAAAAAUUCUGUAAAGCAAAAGGCGAUGAGAGUUCUAAAACAGAAGAAAAUGUAUGAACAACAGAUUGAUAACCUCCGAGCUCAAUCAUUCAACAUGGAACAGGCAAACUACGCAACACAAACAUUAAAAGACACUCACGCUACAGUCACAGCAAUGAAAGAUGGUGUCGCGUCUAUGAAAAAGGAGUUCAAAAAGAUCAAUAUUGAUUCUAUUGAUGAUGUGAACGACGAACUCGCUGACAUGUUGGAACAAGCUGAUGAAGUGCAGGAGGCGCUCGGCAGGCAGUACGGCAUGCCGGAGAUUGAUGAUGAUGAGCUAGCUGCGGAGUUGGAUGCAUUGGGUGACGAAAUAGCAUUAGACGAUGACACAUCAUACCUUGAUGAUGUGGUCAAAGCCCCCGCGGCACCAGACAAGGAGCCAGGCGCGGACAGCAUCAGGAACAAAGAUGGUGUGCCCGUCGAUGAGUUUGGUCUGCCGCAAGUUCCAAGCGCUGCUCAUGCUAAAUAGAUAUAGUCUUCAUCAUCACACCAUAGAAUAUUAUUUUUUAAUAUAAUGUUAUGUUUAUUUUUUUAUAAUUUCGAUUUUAAGUUAUAAAGUUUACAAGUUGAAAAGAGAUUUAAACGCUAUUAGCACAUUUACUUUAAGAACAUAUUACAUAUACCUAUCUAUAUUAAAAUUGUCUGAGGAUCAAAAAAUAUUUAUCUCUAAAAUAGUAUGUAAUAUUAAUAAUAAUUAUAAAAAUAGCCGUAAUACUUGUUGCAUUGUUGCUUUAAUGUUUAUUUGUAAUACUAAAUGUAAUAUUUGUAUCGAAUUAAUAAAUUGUUUUAAAGCUU